AACUAAUCACCGAAUAAAAACGGAUUCCUCACUCGCUGCCGCUGCAGCCCAUACAUAGGUGCCCAACUCGUUCCCAGCGAAGAACCGGACGAACGAGCAGCAAGAGGCCGCCUCCUCAAGCUUCGAAUCCUUUCUUCCCUCCCCCUCCUCUCCUCCCCUUUCCAGUCCCCCACCCCAGCGAAGCUUCCAAACCCCAUCAAACGGCCGGCCGAUCGAUCAGACAUCAGCUGUCCGGCCGCGGUCCAGUCCUCCCCGUCCGCCGGAGCUAGCAGGGAGCCAUGGAGAAGUACGAGCUGCUCAAGGACAUCGGCGCCGGCAACUUCGGCGUGGCGCGGCUGAUGCGCAACAGGGAGACCAAGGAGCUCGUCGCCAUGAAGUACAUCCCCCGGGGCCAGAAGAUUGACGAGAAUGUGGCGAGGGAGAUCAUCAACCACCGCUCGCUCCGGCACCCCAACAUCAUCCGGUUCAAGGAGGUGGUGCUCACGCCGACGCACCUGGCGAUCGUGAUGGAGUACGCCGCCGGCGGCGAGCUGUUCGACCGGAUCUGCAACGCCGGCAGGUUCAGCGAAGACGAGGCGAGGUACUUCUUCCAGCAGCUAAUCUGCGGCGUCAGCUACUGCCACUUCAUGCAAAUCUGCCACCGAGACUUGAAGCUGGAGAACACGCUGCUGGACGGCAGCCCGGCGCCUCGCCUCAAGAUCUGCGACUUUGGUUACUCCAAGUCGUCGCUGCUGCACUCGAAGCCCAAGUCGACGGUGGGCACGCCGGCGUACAUCGCCCCGGAGGUGCUCUCCCGCCGGGAAUACGACGGCAAGACUGCCGAUGUGUGGUCCUGUGGAGUCACCCUUUAUGUGAUGCUGGUCGGUGCUUACCCUUUUGAGGACCCAGAUGACCCAAAGAACUUCAGAAAGACAAUUGGGAGGAUCAUGUCAAUCCAAUACAAAAUACCGGAGUAUGUGCACGUGUCCCAAGACUGCAAGGAACUGCUCUCUAGAAUAUUUGUUGCAAACUCUGCAAAGAGAAUAACAAUCAGGGAGAUCAGGAACCACCCCUGGUUCCUGAAGAACCUGCCUAGAGAGCUCACUGAACCUGCACAGGCAAUGUACUACAAGAAAGACAACAGCGCCCCGACUUACUCCGUCCAGUCCGUGGAGGAGAUCAUGAAGAUUGUGGAGAAGGCGCGGACGCCGCCUCCUUCCUCCACCCCCGUGGCUGGCUUUGGUUGGGCCGCGGAGGAGGACGAGCAGGAGGACAGCAAGAAUCCAGACGGAAAACAUGAGGAGGAAGAGGAUGGUGAGGACGAGUAUGACAAACAGGUGAAGCAAGUCCAUGCCAGCGGGGAGUUUCAUAUCAGCUGAGGCCUGAGGGUUUCGCCGGCGACAGAGGAGACCCCAAACAGGAGAUGUUGUGGUAGCAGCUGAUGAUGGACCUGAUAGUUUGUGGUCUUGUUUCCAAGUUUUCUUUCAUUUUUUUUCCUGUGAUGCCUCAAGCCUGCAACAGUGUAAAGUAUUGAAGUGGUUCCAGCAUUGCCCUUGUAUUGACUGAUUAAAGCCAGCAUGGGGAACAUAAUUAUGGAAUAAAACAUCUCGUUGAGCAUACUCCGUCUGUAACUGCAUGAUGUAUUUGUCUGUUCAUUUGGUGGACGAUGAUCACAUUGACUAAGCCAAAGCAUCAAUGACAAUAACACAAUGUCUA